AUUAUGUAACCCACCUAUCUGAGUUGUAGACUGUUGAUAAGGGCUGCCAGCUCUCUCUAGCGACGCAGUGUGUGAUAGACCUUCGUCGGAAUAUGACCUUUAUGCCAGUGGAUAUAGAGUGUAAAUAGUAGUUGUAUCCAUUCAUGUCCAGGCGGCAUAUGAUCAAGGGAUGGCGUUUAUUUUGAAAUCCAACAAGUGGAACCCCGGGGAGGGCCAGGCGCCCGGUGAUACAUCCGCUGCCCCUGACAGAACGACGGAUAUCCAGGAGCGGCUCACGGGCGUCUACAGCGGAAUGUCCGGACAAACUCCCGUGAGGCAAUUCUUUGGUCCCAGUGGACGUUCGACCAAUUUCUUAAAUCGGAUGUCCACGUCAGGUCAGCAUGGCGGACACAUUAACCCGGCAUUCGAAAGAGACGACCCCGGGGAUUCGGAUGAUAGCUCCGACGUCAAACGCAACGGGGAUCUCAGCAAACCCGUCUGUUACAGCGACACCGAGUCGGACUUGCGCGAGUACGACGAAAACGAGCCUUCCGAGCGCGAAGAUAGUGAGUCAGAUGUUCCCAAUGGGAACGUGACGUCAGGCCGGGUGGGGUUCGCGGAACUGGCUGAACAAACACACCCACCCCCUAGCCCCAGAAAAUCAGUAAAGAAAGUUCCAAAACAGUGGGACCGUUUUACACAAAGCUCCAGCGACAACAUUUCCUCCAAUGACAUUGAAUUCUGGGAAAGCGUGUUUGUCGUCACCAAAAUUGUCGUCUGUGGACUGUUAUUUGCUGUGACUCUGUUUUCAGCAGUGGUGACAAAACUUUGUCUCGUCAUAAUAACCGCAAACAUUUUUCCAUCCACAAAUGAAACUUCAUUAGAAAAUCGCUUAAAAUCUUUUAACGGGUUUCUUACAUAUAAGAAUGGCGUCACGAACGUUCAGUGGAUAUGGGCCCUGAUUUUGAUGUCAGGGGCACCGUAUUUCUUCACGUGUGUCAAAGCACUAUCGAGGCUGCUGUUUCAGAUGUCAGGACGGGCGUCACCAGACUGGAUCACAAUAGCUGUGGUAUUGCUGGUGGAGACCCUGCACUCCAUAGGUCUCAACAUCAUGAUGUUCAUCAUCAUCCCCAACCUGGACCCCAUCUCUAGUCUGAUGAUUGCCCUCUGUAUCGGGGUUAUACCUGCGUGUUUGAAGGUGCGGUAUCCCAGACCAAAGGAGGAGGAGAAACGUUCCUUCGCCAUGACGUGUGUCGUCACCGUCGUAAGCAUCGUGGGUGCAGUGGGCCAGCUAGCGGCCAUUGGCGUAUUAUUCUACCACGUUAGUAAGAUGGAGACAGUCGCCUACAAGAUUCUGCUCAUAGCCGGCCCCAUAUUGACCAGUGUAUACUGGUGGGAGAACUUCGUCAAGGAGGGCGACAAGAAUUCCAUCGGCGUCGCCUGGAUGGCGAGACAGAUGCGCAAGUACCGAACAAAGCUCAUGCUCUACGGAAGCAUCUGGAAAAUGAUACUCACUAUUCUCGUCCCGACGGCUAUUUACGGUAUCAGCUGCAACGACGGGAACGCUUGUUUGAAGGCUUUGUACUACAAGGCGGCGUCUGCGAGUCUCCACUCGACCAUCGGCCACGUAGAACUCGUCUCCGCAAAGUCGUUCGGCAAUUGCUACGCCUACCUGCCUCUAGUGACGGCCACCGUUGGUGCCAUUGGAGGAAUAGUUACCUUCAAAGUUGGCAAGAUCGCGUGCAAGAUUAUGGCCCAGGUGAUUGGAUACUCUCUCCCACUAGUGUUGUCCACUCCAGCGGCAAUCGGAUUGAUACUAGGGAUGUACGGUGGGGUUUUAACAUCAAACGCUGACCCGAAACUCUGCGUGUUGCCUUUUCCGCAAUGGGUUCAUAACUUUGGAGCCGGUGAUUUCUUUCAAAGCCUUAUAGGCACACAGUGGACCUUGCUUGUGGUGUACGCUGUUGCAUUUGUAUCUCUGGUUAUGGUCACAAACCACGUCUGGAUACCGGGCAAAGAGCGACUGCAAACAACUGAUAAAUUGUUUGUUCAACCACUAUACUGCGGGAUAUUCUUGGACCAGUCCAUGUUAAUGAACAGACGAAGAGUUGAAAAGCUGAAACGAGCUUAUUUCACGAAAGACAAACUCCUUAACAUGAAGCUUGACGACCUGGAGCUCGAGGAGGACGUGAAGGGUCUGGAUGCGCAGCUGCGCACGCAGGAGACGCCACUGAUCUACAUGUGCGCCACCAUGUGGCACGAGAACGAGAACGAGAUGGUGCAGCUCCUGAAGUCCAUCUUUAGAAUGGACGAAGACCAGUCUGCUAGAAGAUAUACUCAGGUACUAUUGAAAAGGCGCGACCCGGACUACUAUGAGUUCGAAGCUCACAUCUUCUUCGACGAUGCGUUUGGCGCACAUGAGCAUGAGGAAUUCGAGUUCAACGUCAACUCGUAUGUGAAACUGCUCAUCAAGUGCGUCGAGCUUUCUGCAAGUGCUCACCACGGUCCAGCCUACAAAAUGCCGCCUCCAAAGGUCGUGCCGACCCCAUACGGCGGCCGCCUCGUCUGGAAACUUCCGGGAUCUAACAAACUGAUCGCCCAUCUCAAAGACAAGACGUACAUUCGCCACCGGAAGCGAUGGAGUCAGGUGAUGUACAUGUACUACUUCCUCGCCUAUGAACUCUUUAAAUCAAAGAACGGCAGAAAGGCGCUCCAGAAGCGCGCCGAGAACACCUUUCUGCUCGCUCUGGACGGUGAUGUGGACUUCCAUCCGAAGGCGGUGCAGCUGCUGGUUGAUAGGAUGCGGAAGAACCCCGAUGUCGGUGCGGCGUGUGGUCGGAUUCAUCCGAUUGGAAACGGCGCAAUGGUGUGGUACCAGAAAUUCGAGUACGCCGUGAGUCACUGGCUACAGAAGGCGGCAGAGGAUAAGUUCGGCUGUGUGCUGUGUAGCCCCGGAUGUUUCAGCCUGUUUCGAGGCUCCGCCCUGAUGGACGACAACGUGAUGAACCGCUACACCACACCACCCUCGGAAGCGCGCCACUACGUGCAGUACGACCAGGGCGAGGACCGGUGGCUGUGCACCCUGAUGCUGCAGCAAGGUCACCGGGUGGAGUACUGUGCCGCCUCGGACGCCCUCACGUACGCACCCGAGGGCUUCAACGAGUUCUUCAACCAGCGGCGGCGAUGGACGCCCUCCACCAUGGCAAACAUCCUUGACCUCCUCACCGACUGGAAAAGUGUCAUCAAGAAAAACCCGGAUAUCUCCCUGGCCUACGUGUUUUAUCAGGCUCUACUCAUGGUGUCCUCGAUUCUAACGCCGGGUACCAUUUUCCUGAUGAUACUGGGCGCCAUCAACCUUGCCUACCCGACCAUAGAUCUGUGGGUGGCCUUGCUCGUAAACGCGGUCCCGGUGGCAAUCAUGGUGGUGCUGUGCUUCAAGGCAAAGAGUGACACACAGCUGACGUACGCUGCCAUUCUGUCGACGCUGUACAGCCUCGUGAUGAUGGUCGUCAUCGUUGGUCUGCUCCGCCAGGCGGCUGACUACGGCAUGUGCUCCGUCACUACCGCCUUCCUGCUCUUCAUCGCAGGGGUGUUCAUUCUCGCAGCCUUCAUACAUCCUCAGGAGUUUUGGUGCAUCAUUCACGGGUUCCUCUACUUUCUGGCCAUUCCCUCCAUGUCGAUGAUCCUCAUGCUGUACUCUCUGGGGAACCUGAACAACGUGUCCUGGGGAACCAGAGAGAGUAAAACUGCAGCAGCCCCGAACGCCGGUGAAGAUAAAAAUAAGAAGCAGCCGAUGUUCUCAGGGAUUUUCUCUUUCCUGAACGGCUGCUGCCCGAGUUUGCCGAUGUUGAGUCACUCCGAGGACAGGAAGAUGCAGGCCAUCUUGGACAGGCUGGAAGGGAUUGAACAGAACGUCCGAGAAUUCAGCAAUAUUGGCAGCCAGCGCGCCGGUUCAGAGGUCAACACAAACACACUGAGGUCAAGGUCGCCAAUCGUCAUGGGCGAUGUGACAGGACCGAAACUGCCGUUUGCAAGUGUACAGGAAAAGAUAAUGGGAAACGGAACAACAACAAAUCCACUGUUUACGGAGGAGAAGCAGAAGCGGCGAGACCGGAUGUUGAACCCGUACUGGAUCGAGGAGGACAAAGACAUCCGGCUGUUCCGGCCCGGGGAGGCCCUGAGCAAGGACGAGACGCAGUUCUGGUGGGAGCUGAUUGAGGAGUACCUGAAACCCCUCGAGGAGGACGCGAAACAGAAGGCGGAGAUCUCCGCCGAGCUCACGGAACUCAGGAACAAAGUCUGCCUCAUAUUCAUCUUGAUCAACUCCCUCUUCAUCAUCGUCGUGUUCAGUCUGCAGCAAGUGGUCGCUUCCGGUGGUAGUCUGGCGUUUCCACUUCCUUGCGCCACCCUUGACGACAAUGGAAAGGCCAACAAAGGUCAAAGCAUUGAGCCAAUCAGCGUCGCGUUCACAGUCGUGUUCGGAAUACUUCUGUUCGUACAGUUCGUCUGCAUGUUGAUGCACAGAAUUGCGACGCUGCUUCAUAUCUGCGCCUCUACCGAAAUAUUCAAAAUAAAACGGAAGAUUACCUUGCCUGAUCAAGACGCCGAGGACCCGAGCGAAGACCAGAGGACGACAGCAGGAGAAAUGACAUACAAAGAGGUGUACGACAUGGUGAAGGACAUGCAGAAGGACCAGGAAGCGGACAGCAACUCCAUCACGUCCGAGUCCAGUUACGCGCCCAGCGAGGUCGACGACGACGAGGACGCCGCGAUCAGAAAGAAGGAAGCCAGGGAACGCUGGAAGUCCAUUGUCAAACAUCGCCGUCGUACCCAGGGUAACACUCUUGGAGCCAACUUUAGGAAAAACUUUGUGACAUACCAAAGCGCCAUCAGAGAACAUGAAAACCUUGAGGGAGAUGACGAGGAAAUAGCGCAGAAAUUACGGAAAAAAACUCAUUUUAACAGAAUGAACACAAAGUCAAUGAAAGUACUGGCAACGAUGGCUCGAGAUCCUUCAACCAAGCAGCGUCUCGAGAAGACGAAGGUGGUAGCCCGAAAACGCUUUGCGGAAGUCAUCGAGAGGGUGAAGUUUAGGCAACUAGUAGCCGGCGCCACAGACGAACCAGACGGGCCUGCGAACAAGAAAGUAUCCGCAGGCGACAUCUUCAGAGCCGCCGCAAAAACAGAACUCGCCAAGAGGAGCCGGACCACCGCCGAGCAGAUGGAGGCGGUUGAGAUACACCAUGAACACGAGGACGGCGAGGAGGCCACCUAUAAAAACACUGAUGACGGUGGCGCGCGCAGAGAGGGCGACGCGUACGAUGAUCCAGACUACGCCCUGGUAGGCGAGCACCUUGCGGGUCCCACUCCCGGCCCCUCUACCCGCCAGGUGACCCCUAUACCCGCUCGUAAGCUCGAUGACGGUCUACUUGACAAUGUGUCCGAUACAGAGGAAGAUAAUGUGUAUGACGACGUGGCGGCAAAACUUGAAAUACCAAAAGUAGAACAUGACGAGUGGCCCGAGGAGGACAACUAUGAGACCACGGAUGGAAAUAUCGAUGUGCUGUUUUAAUAAUUUCCCUGUGCAUGGUCACAAUGCCAGAACACGUUAGGACGGUAGGAAGAACAAUGAAUAUCGUUUAUAAGUUUGAACCGGAGAUGCAUCGUCCUUAGUAUGAGUCUACUAUCUCUUACUGUGAUACUUUUAUAAUGUUUAUAUUUUUGAUACAGCAUCAAAGUGUGUUUGCGAAUAUAUAAUAUUUGUAUUCAUCAUUUUAAAGGGACAAUGUCAUCGGCAAGGUCUUCACUCCCAUAUGAUUCGUUACAAAGCCUCGAUGAGAGAUACCCAGAGUAUUAUUUACAUAAUAAUUAGAUAAUAAUACUAGUUAAAACGUUUUUUUCUUGCAUAAUGACAAGAGUUCACACAUUCUGCGAUAACAACCGAUGUAUAUGUGUUUUUUAUAUAUCAAAUAUCUAUCAAUAAACAAACAUUCCUGUCACGUCAGUUCUCGCGGCCCUCGAGAUUUUAGUCAUGUGAUAAACCACUUAAACAGUAACAUAGGUGAACGCAGUGGUAAGUAAUAGACUAUAGUAUUAUUUAAAGACAAUAGUUAUGGAAUAUAGACGAUAACAUACGACAAAGCUUGGUGGGACGUCUAUAAUUGGCCCUAGCCGCAUAAUGGCCCUCGGGCCGUUACGCUGGCAACUGGCCGAUACUAGAUGUUUGGCCCAGCUCUGCCGUGUUUUAUUGUCUUAAAAUGAGUUUGAGACAAGUGUGGAAUGUAAAGGCAUCAGUGUUCUAAAGAUACUUGUAUCGUUAAAACUUUUUCCUGCUGCUGUGUUUAUCCUGAUUAUUCAAUAUGGUGUUGUGUAUUUUAUUAUGUUUUAUUUAUUUCAUGCACUGAUUAUUCAAUAUGGUGAUGUGUAUUUUAUUAUAUAUUAUAUUUAUUUCAUGCACACAUCUUUGUUAAAUUCACUUAUUUCAUGUAAUAUAAUGUUGGUUUACAAAAAUAGGAAUACAAUUAUUUGACGACAUAAUACAUUUUAGCGUUCAUUCCACAAACGCGCAUGAUAUGGUAUAUGUGUUACGGGGAUUUUAUUUGUAAACUGGCAUAAUGUGAAUAGUUGUUAUGAAUUUAUUUAAAUAAUUUCACCGUUUUUAUGUUUAUGUCUUAAACCGCUUGAACAAUAUUUUAAUUUAUGUUUUGUUUCAAUUUAUUGUCUGUGUAGAAUAGAAUCACCGUGCUAGUACUUUAGUUUCCUCUUUUCUGGUAAACACACUGUUGUUAGCAAAAGGUUUUACAUUGCAGUUUUUAUUUGGCAUGUAUAACAAAAAUUAUUAAAUUUUAUUAUGAACAAAA